AUGGAAAACUCAGACUCUGACGAGCAAGAGAAGAAGAGGCCUCAUUUAAACUCACUUUCGCCCACCAUGGCUCGUAGCUCCACCACUUCUCCACCCAAUAACCAUAGCGGUGUAGAUGCUAUCAUCCAGUUACCUAAGAUUGAUGAUAUGAUGGAGAGGGAGGUUAAAAAUCUGCGGGAAGCGAUUGAUAUUCUUCACGUGAAGCAGAAAGAGUAUGCUGAUGUAAUUCGGACUUACCUUAGCAGCCAGUCAACAGAUCAGUCUGAAAUUAGCCGCAUUACAGGUGAGCUGGAUGACAGCAUGACUGAACUAGAGGAGAGUAGGGGGAAACUAGUGAAUCUGAAAAUGCAAAAGGAAGUCGCAUCUGGGAUGCAUAACCUUACUUCUGGUGCAGUGAAUGGAACCUAUCACCUGAAAAAUCAACAGAAGGGACAAUAA